CUGUGAACAUGUAACCUACCAAUUUUUCUUGUUACGGAAUCUCUAUUGAACGCAACUUGCCAGCGGUAAUCACCAGACUAGUCUACGCCCACAUGCAUACUACAUACAGCAUAGCGUACCGUGGGAUCCAUAAUCCCACCCGGCCCCAGUUUGUACCGCGUGGGCCCGGAAACUGACGGGAUUAAGUGUCUGGGGGACCUCUCCACAAUUGAGAAUCGGCAGCGCUCCCGCCCGCUAGACUACCCACAGCACGUGCAAAAGAGUACGGAGCGAUCUUCGCGGUCGAUGCGUAUUUGAUCUAGAAAUAACUGGAACCAAGAAUCAAGAAACUUCCACCCUCUGUUUGUUACUUUUGACACUACCAGCUAAGAACGCAUCCGAGUAUAAAAACAUGUUUUUCCAAGACGUUCCUCAAGGCCCCCCCGAUCCCGUCUACAUUCUGAAGAACGCGGUAGAUGCAGACAAGAGUCCCGAGAAGGUAGAUCUCGGCGUCGGCGUCUAUAGGAACGAGAAAGCACUUUACAACGAGCUGAGUGCUAUCAAAGAAGCGAAGAAGGUCCUCACGCAAAAAGAGCUUGGACAUGACUAUGAGGUUACGACGGGAGACGCACAAUUCGUGAAGCAUGCCGCGGCAGUGCUAUUCGGCAAAGAUAACAAGGCUAUCCAGUCAUCAAGGACCACUUCCGUCCAGGCAAUCUCAGGAACCGGAUCCAUACAUCUUGCUGCGCUUUUCUUGAGCCGUUGCGCCGCGUUCAAGGGAAAGAAAGUCUACAUUGGAGCGCCGGCAUGGGGAAAUUACGAACCGCUAUUCAACCUCGUGGGCCUUGAAGUCGUCAAGUACAAGUACUACGACGCGGCCGCAGGCGUCGUUGACUUCAAAUCGGUUCUAGAUGCUGUUGCCAAAGCACCAGAAGGAAGCAUAUUCGUUCUGCAAGGCUGCUGCCACAACCCCUCCGGCGCGGAUCUGAAGGCAGAUCAAUGGCGCGAACUCGCGAAGGCCAUGAAGCCGAAGAAGCUCUUCCCAUUCUUCGAUAUGGCGUACCAAGGACUGGGUGGAAGUCUGGAAGACGACGCGUAUGGACUGCGACACUUUGAGGAACUGGGCUUCGAGCUGUUGGCGUGUCAAUCUUUCUCCAAGAACUUCGGUCUGUAUGGCGAGCGAUGUGGAGUUCUCCACGUGGUCAGCGAGAGCGAGAAGGUUGCAGCGAAUGUGUAUGAUCAGUUGAGGUGUUUGAUCCGCUGGGAGUUCUCCUCAUCUCCAGCGUACGGGUCACGGCUGGUGAACACGAUCCUCGAAAGCGAGGAGCUUACAACCAAGUGGACUGAUGAGUUGAUCACGAUGCGACGACGUUUAGUUGGUUUACGGAAAGCACUCUACGACGAGCUGGUAGAAAAGCGCAAAACACCAGGAAACUGGGAGGCAAUUCUGUCAUCGACAGGCCUCUUCUGCUUUUUGCCGUUGAACCCGCAGCAAGUGUCGAGUCUCGCGACGAAAUACCACAUCUACAUGCUGCAAAGCGGGCGUAUCAACGUUUCGGGCAUGAAUCAGUCGAACAUUGAACGGAUAGCUUCGUCAAUCGACCAGGUAGUGAGAAGCAGUGCGACAGUCUCGGCGCACUUGUGAGGGCAUGAAUCGCAAUUAGGUUUGGUAGGGUCGCCACUGUGCCUCUUAUCCGAUAAUGAAUUCGUAAAGUGGCGCAUAAGUGGGGCGAUUUGAUAACGUGGACGAUGUGACGGCAAGCCUUCCGAUCGUACUGCUAUCAAAGAUUUUGGAUAACGCACCUGUAUGUUACCUUUAUAUUACUUGAUACGAACUUAGGAAGACGAAACAGAAUGAAGCCUGAC